UGUUUGCUUAAAACAAAUAAAAGCCACGUAGGAGUCUAUGGCAAGUCAGUCGAGCAUCAGAAUUUAUUUGCAGGCGUCGAAAUCAGAGCGAAAAUAUUUUACCGCGCACAGAUGUGCAGUGAUCAAUUCUUCAGAGAUUGUUCGUCGCUUUUCUUUUGUUCCGUCUCAUCUCCAUCUUCUUCUUUAGACAUCACUUGAAAUAAAAGACAAUAUGACUAAAGGAAGAAAGAGUUCGCUGGAAGAAACAAUCGGAGGUGUAAACAGUGACGGAUGCCCUGCGAGCGGCAUGGCAGUCCACGUGACCGCGGUACACAAUGGACCGCUCAAGGAAUAUGAUCCUUUUGAAGAGAUGUCGGCGGAGAAACCAACCACGUAUCAGGAGACACUGUUCAACUUCGUGAAACAGAACUUGGGAACAGGCAUCUUAGCAAUGCCCAAUGCCUUCUACCACUCUGGAUACCUGCUGGGACCCAUCUGCACGGUUGCCAUUAUUUUGUUUUCUGUCUACUGCAAGCAUCUGCAGCUUAGAGUGAACUACUCGCUGUGCAAGAAGAAGAAGGUGGCUAGCAUGUCCUUCAGAGACACGAUUGGAAAUGCUUGUGCCGAAGGACCGCCGUUCUUCCAGAAACUUGGCCCACACAUGCAAGUUAUUACGGAUAUCGCUAUUGUCGUUGGCCAGAUGGGGACAGGCAUCGUAUACUUUGUAUUCAUAGGAUCUAAUCUAAAAAAGGUGUGCGAUGAGUACUACGAGCCGCUGGACCAGAGGCUGUACAUGGCGGCCAUCUUGGUGCCGCUGGUCUUGAUGAACUACUUGCACUCCUACAAGUUCCUGGCGCCCAUCUCGCUGGUCACCAACGUCGUCACGCUGGCCGGCUACGGCGUGAUCCUGUACUACAUUUUCACCGACCUGCACCCUCUGGCGACGAGGAGUGCCGUGGGAACCAUGGCCAACAUACCGCUCUUCCUGGGCACCGUGUUGUUCGUCUACGAGACGGUUUCCUUUGUUAUUCCAAUGAGGAGAGAAAUGAAGCAUCCCCGAAGAUUUGCGUCCAAACUUGGAGUCUUCCACGUGGGCACAGUCGUUGUUUCUGUCCUCUACUUGACGAUAGGAUUCUUCGGAUACCUCGCGUACGGCGCUGAUGCCUUGGGAAGUGUGACCCUCAACCUGCCUCUUCGAGAAGUUGCGCGGUCAUCUUCAUGUCGCACGCGAUCCAGAACUACAUGGUGUUCGACAUCACGUGGCACCAGUGGCUCUCCGGGAAGUUCAAGGACCAGAGACGGAGGACGGCAGCGGAGUACUGCUUCCGGACAGCCGUCAUAAGCCUCGAGUGAGCGUAUGAUGAGCAGCUUGGGAACUUCACCGCUGCAGGGCGCUGCCGUAACGCCCUGUAUCGUCUUAGGUUGUUAUUUACACGUUAGAGCGCAGCGCUGUCGCCCGCUGUCAUUCCCCGCACCCCCCCCCCCCAUCAUUCACUGCAGCUCAAGGUCGUUCAACGGGAGGGGGAAGGGGUGUUUUUAAGAGUUCGACACUUGUCCGCCAGGGACCACCACAAGUCGAUGCCCUAGAGAUGGUGGGGGAUUGCGGCGGUGAAUUAGCCAACUACCUCAAACCCGUAUUAGAAAUGUUAACCUGGGCUGGCGACUUCUAUACAUUAUAUAUAUAUAUAUAUAUAUAUAUAUUCAAAGCCUUAAGGGACGUGCAUUGCCCCUUCUCCGACGUAGAGGACCGCGCGCCUGUUGUCCUCCCGUCCGGCUGUCAUCUGGAUGAAAAGAAGAAAAGUUAGUGCUCCUGGCUAUACCCUAACGGGUUCAGACCUAGGAGGUGGAGGUGGAGAGGCCUGGCCGGGCUUCGGCCCCAAACAACUUGUCCUCCCGCGCAGGCCUGCUCGCCGCGGCAGUGCCCCAGCUGGAGCUGGUGAUCUCGCUGCUGGGCGCGCUGGCGGGGCCCCUGGUCGGCUACGUGGUGCCCGCGCUCGUGCACGCCUCCCUAGACUGGGGGCCAGCCGCCGGGCGCCGGAGGGGAGUCGUCGCGCGCCUAGGCGCCGUCGCGAUCCUGUCCGCCUGCGUCACCUGGGCCGGCGUCGCCGCGACCUUCGAGUGACCCCUCCCUCCUCCUUCACCCUCGAGUCUCUCGUGACCCCCCUGCCACUGUGAGACCAUCACCAGGGGCAGGCAUUUUUCGCGGAAAAAGAUCUGAAUGCAUAUUAGGCUGCAACAAGGCACACCCGCACCUGUGGUUUCUUCCUUGUGAUCGGCUGCCGUCUAGCGAGAGAAGUCGUCGGCCUUAUUUGAACCGGGGGCCCACUCAGGACUCGUUUACUUCCGUAGUGAAUCACUGUGAUCGGUGUUGUCACAGUCGACGUGUACCUACCUGGGAGAAACUAACCACAAUUCGCGAAACACAGACGAUGCUACAGUGUUUUAACUUCCAUCUAGUCUCUUAAAUCUUUUUCGCGAAAUAUGCAUGCCCCUAACCAUCACGCGUGGUAACCUGUGGUUGGCUUUUGUUAUUCCGUAACAUUGCCGAAACUAAGAGAAGUAGCCGAGUGGUUAAAAGGCAACAUGCUUGUAAACCGAAGGUCGUGAGUUCGAAUUCAUUCACCACCGUAUUAUAUUUCUCUAAUUUAAAAAUUUUUAGGAUACCCUAUAAUGCCUAGUGGUUGGCUUUGUUAUUCCGUAACAUUGCCAAAACUAAGAGAACAGAGGUUUGUGGAGGUCCUCCCCCCACGGGGCGUAUAUCUCGAAGGGCCCUCCUGUAAUUAAAUUCCCCCUCACUGAAGGGGACACCCAACCCACCUGCUUGCGCUUGCAAAAAAAAAAAACGUGACUGUGAAACGAGUUUUGACGUCAAAACUACGUCUUACGGAAAACUUUCUGUACACAUUUAAGUUUGAAGUGUCGGUUAACCCCGGUAGCGCUCAAACUCUGAAGCCGCGCGCGAAUCCUCCUAGAUAAUCCUACAGAUUCGCGCCACUGGGUAGGUCUGUCAACUUUGUUGAUGUGUGCAGCUGCAAUAUGAAACACUCGCAUCAUAGUUCCUCUAACCGUAAGCACAGCCAUCGUUGUGUCCGCGGUGUGCGCCGACGAACCAACACCCCCGCUGAAGAGUUGUGUGGUCAAUGGAUCUCUGAAGAGUAAGUGGGACUGUUGUUGCCCGUACCCACGUCGUGAUGUGAUGCCUAACUGAAAACCCACUGUUUCAGCGGUAUAGUGUUCUGAAACAAAGUUCAGACAUAGGUGCACCUCGUAGCAUCUGGUAUCAUGUCGACGGAAUCUCAACUUUUCGCCCCCUAACACGUGCCUCUAUUGCCUACUUUCUGAUAGUCUAUAUAUGUACAUAUUCCAUUCGUUGAACCAUUUGUACUUUAUUUCUUUUUUUUUCCUUUCAA